CAGCAUGCGUCAUUGCAUUGUCAAAUGUCGACGAUGUUGUAGUAGUUACAAUAAUAACAAAGUUUUACAAAAAACAUUAUCUUCUUGGUAGUUUACAUUUCUAACACGAAAUAUCUGCUAAUUUUUGGAAAAAGUUUAGUAUUAGCGACAAAACCAUGGCGCUCUACGAGGGCAUUGCGCUUAUUCAAGAAAAACAAGCAGUUGUCUUGGAUCUGGGCACCGAUUACACCAAGUUCGGGUUCACGGGCGAGCCGGCCCCGCGCUGCAUCGUGCGCUCCGAGUUCUGGUGCGAGGCGGAGCGCCGAUACAAGCGGCUGCACGACUACCGCACGCCACAGGAGCUCUAUGACAACCUUGUCCAUAUGCUGCAUUUGUUGUAUUUUAGACAUGUGCUGGUGAACCCGAAGGAGCGGCGCGUGGUGGUGGUGGAGUCCCUGCUCACGCCCACAAUCUUCCGAGAGACUCUCGCUAAAGUUCUCUUUAUACAUUAUGAGGUAUUGAGGAGAAUCCAUUUUAAUAAAUAAAUAUUCACCGUCCUGAGAAGAAGUAUUACCAAAUAUGUGCAUGUGGACCUCAAGUGAGAAACGACAUCCAUAUCAUUCCAUCGGUUGCUUUAUCAAGAUGUGGAACGGUGGCUAGUGUAGUGAGGGGCAUUUGCGCAG